AUGUCAACAGAAAACAUCGGACGCGCAGAAAACGCGAAGUACCAGCCACCUACUACUGGACUAGUUUCCCUUUUACCAGCGUCAUGGGUACCCUACGCUGAGUUAAUGCGUCUGGAUAGACCUGGGGGCUUCUAUGCCCUAUAUGUUCCUUGUCUUUUUGGCGUCGGUUAUGCCAUAGCCACGGGCCCUGUGCAACCCUCUCUAUCCCUGGUUGUUGAUAGGGCAAUCACUCUACUUCUCUGCUGCCUUCUCGCGCGCGGAGCAGCAUGUACUUUCAAUGAUGCCGUCGACAGAGAUUUUGAUAAGCAAGUAGCUAGAUGUCAGCUGCGGCCGAUAGCAAGGGGUAGCGUGAGUAUCUUCCGCGGCCAGUUAUGGGCUUCUGUUCAGACUUUGGCUAUCAUCGCGAUCCUGCUUCGACUGCCCGUCGCCUGUAUGCGCUAUUUUUCUGGGAUUGUAGUUCUCUCAACGAUCUACCCCUUCGCCAAGCGGUUCACCAAUUAUCCGCAGUUUGUCCUUGGCUCCAUAUUUUCCAUGGGUUUCUUAACAUCUGUCCAAUCCCUGAAUGUGGACCCAUUGUCCAAGAAUCUGCUGGCUCCUACAGCAAGUCUGUUUGCAGCCAACACAGUUUGGACCAUGAUUUAUGAUACGAUCUAUGCACACCAGGAUGUGGCAGAUGACAUCCAUGCAGGUGUCAAAAGUAUGGCUGUGCGUUUUCGAGACUCAACCAAGCUGCUUACCUCCCUCCUUGCGUGUGUGAUGACGACUUUGCUCGCCAUGACGGGUGUUUUCGCUAAACUUGGCCCGCUGUACUAUCUUUUGGCGGUAGGAGGAUCUGCAGCCGGUCUGGCUGCGACAAUUUCAAUGGUCAAUCUGGCAGACCCACGCAGCUGUGGGUGGUGGUUCAACUGGGGCUUCCUGUUUAUUGGCGGAAGUAUUCUUUCUGGGCUCGCGGCUGAAUCUUUUGGUCGAUCAGCAGCUUGGUCCGUGGAGCCUGUCACGAAUGCCACCUGGAUCCACCUUGAUCUUUAA